UGAACAAUUUCGUCACUUAGCGUUUUAGUUAUUUAGACGUUUGUUUACACCUAGGAACUCAGAAUUUUACUUAUUUAACUUCCCAGUAUCACAUACUUACCCCAAAUCGUGUUUAAUUCGUGUUGGUGAAAGUGCUUGUUGAUAUAUGUUAUCUAGGUAACGCUAUUUAGCUAGCUGCUAACAAUGGCUGACUGUAACGAUAUGGGUUUUCACACUCAAAUAGCCUCCGUCAUGGAGGUUCUAGCGAAUGCAGCCGUUGCAGAGAUCUGUAAACUCGUAGACGACGACUAUGCAGUGUUUCGUUUGGAAAUUUCUCAAAGCCAGAAAGAAAACAGCGGAUUACGGAGGAAACUACAACUACUGGAACUGAAGGUGGCACGGGAGCGUCGUCCCAGUAGUGUCAAGAUCCUCGACCGAUACAAAACAGGAUUGGCAAGAGGUGAAGGACAUCUCACUGGAGGCCACAGGAGCUUUGUGAAGCCAGCGGGACACAAUACAUGGAAUGAUGACCAACCAAUUACUGUUGAUGAGGCGAGUGGAUCCUCAACCCAGCACGUUGUCGUGAUAGAGCCUGCAGAUGCAGGUCCUGGGUUCAAGCUAGAGAGGUCUGAAGGGGACGAGGACCCACGGCACAGCAGAAACAUCCAGACUGGAGUCGAGGACCCUACCACUGACGCAGUGCAGCCCAGGACCCGACGCAGCAUCACGGAGGUCAGUGGAACGCUGAACGCCGUCCUCAAGUCAAAGACAGACACCAAGACGUUAACUGUAACACACAGUCUCUUACACACAGGACCUGACCAAAUAUCAGAUCCAGGUCUGGGGAGACUGGGCUGUCCUCCUGCUCCCGGCUCAGACUAUUUACCGGUAUUUCACCAGAGCCAGAGGCCUGUUCAUUCCCAUGGUGAUGGUGACAUGUUAGACACUGGUGGUGAUGAUCCUGCUUGUUCUUACACUACAGAGAAGGACCCUGGCAACAUGCCCCUGGGUUUAGAAACACAGACUGAUCUGUCUAUAGGGGACUGGAAUCAGUACAGUAGUAGUGUAUACUCUGAAGGGUACUUAGAUAAGAAAGGGGAGGGGCUUGUCAUAAAUGAAGUGACUGUGAAAUUGGAGGGCGACGUUCCUUCCACAUGGAAUGCAGAUAAUCACCUAGGAGAAGGACACUCGCAGGGCAGAGAUUUUUUAGACUACAGGGAAAGCUUAGAGACAAAUCCAAAUGUUGCGACCCACUCCCCUUUACACACGCUCAGAGAUCGAGACCCUGUGUCCAUGUCGGUGGGAUCUUCAGAUUCACACGGCCAUGUCUUUGUCGAUCAGGUAUUGAACUCAAACAACAGGGCUAGAGCCCAGGCUCGGGGAGGGGUAGCAACAUCAGGCAAUAGUAAAGAGAAACGGUUCUUCUGCAUGUUCUGUAACAAAGGCUUCAGCUGCCCCCAGAAGGUGGAGAUCCACCAGAGGGUCCACACAGGGGAGAAACCAUUCAGCUGUACCCAGUGCCACAUGCGCUUCACCGAGGCUGGCACCCUGAAGCGGCACCAGAGGGUCCACACAGGGGAGAAACCUUACAGCUGCCCCCAGUGCGAGAAGAGGUUCUCCCGCCAGGACAAACUGAAGAGGCACCUGAAGGUCCACACGGGAGAGAGGCCUUUCGCCUGUACGCACUGCGGGAAGAGGUUCUCAGAGAGGAGUUACCUCAGAAUACAUCAGGAGAAAACCCAUUCCACUCUAUAACAUAGAAAGUAACCAUUCCAUUCGAUAGCUUCUGACGUUUAGAUGAAAGCCUGCAUUAAAGGUAGACUUUCAAUUUCUGCAACAACUAAGAGCAUUGGAAGUGCAAGGCCACGACAUUGUGGAAUAUACACUGAGUGUAUAAAACAUUAGAAACACCUGCUCUUUUCAUGACAUAGACUGAACAUGAUCCCUUAUUGAUGUCACCUGUUAAAUUCACUUCAAUCAGUGUAGAUGAAGGGAAGGAGACGGGUUAAAGAAGGAUUGUUAAGUCUUGAGACAUGUAUUGUGUAUGUGUGCCAUUCAGAGGCACCAGCUUGUCAAGAAUUGCAACGCUCAACAGUUUCCUGUGGGUUUUAAGUAUGGUCAACCACCGAAAUGGCAUCCAGCCAACUUGACACAACUGUGGGAAACCUUCGAGUCAGUCUGGGCCAGCAUCCCUGUUGAUCGCUUUCAACACCUUAUAGAGUCCAUGCCCCAACGAAUUGAGGCUGUUCUGAGGGCCAAAGGAGGUGCAACUCCAUAUUAGGAAGGUAAAGUCAAAUUGUAUUUAUCACAUGCACCGUAUACAACAGGUAGACCUUACAGUGAAAUGCUUAUUCACAAGCCCUUAACCAACAAUGCAGUUUUAAGAAAAAAUAAGUGUUAAGCAGUAAAAUAACAGUAGCGAGGCUAUAUACAGGAGGUACCGGUACAGAGUCAGGAGUCUUGUGACUUGGGGGUAGAAGCUGGUAAGAAGCCUUUUGGACCUGGAAUUGGUGCUCCGGUACCGCUUGCCGUGCGUUAGCAGAGAGAACAGAAGGUGUUCCUAAUGUUUUGUACACUCACUGUAUAAGACAUGUAUAUGCCUAAAAAGUAUUUAACGUAUUGUUUGAACUGUGUAGGCUAUAUGAUGUUCACAACUGCAUCUUUCAUUACUUCCAUUGAACUACUUAAUUUUUUCCCAAAAUAUUAUUUUAAUGUGAAAAUGAAUGAAGUUCAUGCAGCUCUGUAGUUGAGAUGUGUGUGGUUUUCAUAUUGUGUAUUAACUUGUUUGUUUAAUAAACACAAAAUUGUACUUUUUUGUCUAA